AUGGGCGCCGCCGAGUCGUUUGGCGCGCGAACCAAGCUCCGAGACACGCUGCUCCUGCGUCUCCACCUCGCGACGACCAAGCGCACCGAGCCGCUCGAGACGCACCUCCUCCAUCGAUACUUUGAACCGCACGACCCGACGCGCCGAGGGUAUGUGCCCAUGGACGUCGCGCGCAGCGUGGCGUUCCAAAUCGCCAAGACCUCGUCCCCCGCCCUCGAGGCGAUGUUCGACGUGGACCACAAUGGAUUCUUCCACUACAACGCAUUUCUCUCGUUCGUGUGCCGCGACAAGCUGCACGUGGAGAUGGACAAGCCCAUCGGCAUCGUUGGCGUCUAUACGGUCUCCAAAGGCCUCUGCGCUUUGAACGGCGCCGCCGUCACGGUCAAGCGCACGCAGCUGCAGUCGAUCGAGAUGGUCGAGACCCUCUGCGACGCGAUUGGCAUUUUGGCCACCUUCUCGCACCCACGACUGCUCCAGUACAUCCACAGCACGUGCUAUGAGCAGACGUUCGUACUGUACCAAGCAUGGACCGAAGCCACGUCGCUCAAGACCAUUCUCUCGUCGUUUGGGCGCAUGAGCGAGCCGACGAUACGGCGCUACUUAUCGCAGGUCAUCGAGGCCAUGGUCUAUUUACACCGUGUCGGUAUCGUGCACCGGGACCUUCACGGCGAAUCCAUCUACAUUGAUCGCGAUGGCAGCGUCCAAGUGGGGGAAUUUUACGCAGGGUGGCACUUGCGCACGGCCAGCGCCAACCUCCACAGCUUUCAAGACAGCCUCUACGAUGUCUUUCGGCCGCCAGAGACCCGCGCCGACGCUCGGUCGUUCGGCACCAAGGCCGACGUCUGGUGCAUCGGCCUCGUCGCCCUCGAGAUGCUCUACGGCACGGCGCACCUCAACCGCGUCAACGCUGCCAACAGCUCGCAGCCGCCGAUUCCUCACCGCAUCUCCCCCAUGUUGCGCAAGUUCCUCGACGCAUGUUUCGAGGCGCGUACUUCCUCCAAUACCGAAGAGUCACACAGCUGGGCGUAG